AUGACUGAUGAAAAAACGACUUUGUUUGCUGAUGCGGUAGAAUUAAUGAAAAGACACGGUGCAUUGCACACAGUAAAUAUAAAAUACGGUUACAUCAUAUUUGGGCUUUCAGCUUUGUUCAUUUUGGUGAGGACAUUAUCCAUAUGGUACUAUCAAAGAGCAUGGAAGCGUUCAGGGCGAUCUACUACCGUGUUACGCGUUACUAGCUUGCCAUUACCGCUUAGCAUAUCGUUGAUUGUGCUCACUGUUGCGAUUUUAGUCGCAGUCAAGCCUCAUUUGGAAAAGAUCACGGUAGUGGUGAAAAGAUUGGGUAGACUGGCAUAUGCUUUAAUCCCACUAGAUAUUUUCUUAGCCGCCCAGCCAGCGUGGUUUUCAGUGGACAACUAUCUAAACACGAUACAAAUGCACAAAUGGGUCUCCAGAGUCAUUGUUCUCCUUGGCAUGUUUCACUCCAUUGGGUUUUUGGCAUACUAUGUUUCUAUGGGCACAGUAGGCAACUUGUUCAGACCUGUCAACUUUUUGGGCUUUCUAAUGUUUAUUUUUGCCAACAUCAUGUUCGUAUUUUGGAAACCAAUUAGAAAUCUCAAUUAUACGCUAUUCUAUCUGUAUCAUAACUUUUUUAUGCUUGCACUAGUUGUCAUGAUCUAUUUCCAUGCAAGACCAGGAGUAGGGCUCUACUUUUUUUUCAAUGCUAUGCUACUAGUAGCACAAACUGUACGGAAAUACACACGUGCAAGAGAUGUCACACUGACUGAAAUUAUUGAGAACCCGGGAAGUAAUUUAUUGAUUGUCAAAUUUCCAAAAAGUUUACUGCCAGAGUCCUACCUUCCGGGAUGUCACGUUCGAAUCGGAUACAGUAAAUGGACACCUUUUUUUACAAUACUUCCAUCUCAUCCAUACACAGUAGCCACUUCUUUUGAAAAUCGAGAUUUGUUGGCAAGCCUAGUUAUCAAGAAAACAAAGUUCAAAUUAGAGCCUUUCGAAACCUACUCAAUUCAGCCUUCUUUUGAGUCUUCUUUGAGUCAGAAUUUUUUUGAUACAGCUGACAAUGUCAACAUCGUAUGUGGUGGUUCAGGAAUUUCCCUUGGUUUGGUUAUUUUUGAGUAUUUAAAAAGAAGCAUUAUCUCCGGUGGAAGAGAGAUAAAGCUGAAAUUUGUGUGGAUAACCAAAGAUGAGGAAGAUGUUUUCAUUUUACAGGAGCUGAAUGUUCAAGGUGUCGAUGUGUUUAUCACCAAUAAUACAAGCUAUGAGCUGGAUUCCAUUCAGGAAAGUGCUGGCAUUCCGUUAACUGAACUAUCCAACGAUUCGCACGACUCUCUGGUCACAAUAGAUCAUAAAUUCUCCAACACAGUUGUUGUCGGCAAACGACCAGACCUUGAGAAAUUAUUGCAAAACAAUCUGUCAAAAACCAUUGACUACGCCAACAAGUGGAUUAUUUCGUGUGGACCGCCUUCCCUGAUUGAAGAGUGUUCCAAAAUAUCAACCAAACAAAAGUGCCGUUUCUUCAGCGAAGAGUAUGCCUUUUGA